ACAGUCUUGAUGGAUCUCACAGCUCCAGCGGCAGGGAAACACACCCGUCAGCAGCGCGCAUUGGAGACAAAAAAGCGCAUCACGGACAAAGGAAAUAUGGGUGCGCUGGAGAGGAUUCACCUCAGCCGGGUAGCACAAUGGAUGAGCCGCGUGUGUUUCGUUCACCGGGAGACCAAUUAGCUCACCUUAAUGAGGUGCUGGGAUGCAAGAUACUGCAAGCUAAAAAGGCGGAAGGCUGCGUUUAAUCCGUCUGCGGAUCACAUAAGCUUGCAAUGGCUGUGGCGGGGAUAUGCAACUGGAUAGGGAAUAAUGUGCCUUUUUAUUUUGUGAUAUUUUCCUUAUUUUGUGGCCUUUCGUUUGGACAAUUGCGAUAUUCUAUUACGGAAGAAUUAGAAAAUGGGGCACUGGUCGGUGAUCUGGCGCAUGACUUGGGGCUGGAUAUUCGAAAGCUUGCCACCCGAAAAAUCAAGGUAACCUCCAACAGUGGCAAACGCUAUGUGAUUGUCAACCCCAAAAAUGGCAAAUUACUUGUCAAUGAAAGGAUCGACAGGGAGGCACUGUGUGAUUUAUCCAACACCUGUCUCAUUAAUCUGGAGGUGCUGGUCGAAAACCCCACCGAGGUGCACCAUGUCGAGGUGGAGAUUGUGGAUGCCAACGAUAAUGCGCCGCAGUUCCUCGCAGAAGAGUAUCAACUGGAAAUCACAGAAUCUGCUUUACCAGGGUCUCGUUUCCCAAUUGAAAACGCUCAAGACCCAGACAUUGGGUCCAAUUCCGUUCGUAUGUAUCAGCUUAGCACAAACGACCAUUUCGCGCUGGUAUCUAACAAGCCCUCGCUAAAUACAAAGCACAUUGAGCUUGUGCUCAAAAAGCCAGUUGAUCGCGAACAGACGCCUUACCACCAAUUGAUUCUAAGUGCUGUGGAUGGCGGGAUGCCAGAGAAAACAGGCACGGCCAAAAUAAAUGUCCGGGUCCUGGACUCAAAUGACAAUGUCCCCACGUUCGACAGCUCAGUGUACAAGGUGAAACUGUUAGAGAAUUCGCCCAAAGACACCCUGGUAAUUAAACUGAAUGCAACUGAUCUGGAUGAGGGCACAAAUGGAGAGGUUUAUUACUCUUUCAGCACCUACACGCCUGAGAGAGUGAGGCAGAUGUUCAGCAUGAACACUAACACGGGAGAAAUAAGAGUGAGGAGCAAUGUUGACUAUGAAGAGACCAACUCCUAUGAGAUGUACAUCCAGGCGAUGGACAAAGGCCCCGGGGCCGUCGCAGCACACUGCAAGGUAGUGGUAGAGGUGGUGGAUGUCAAUGACAACGUCCCUCAGAUAGUGUUGUCAUCUCUGUCUAGCCCUGUGAGGGAGGAUGCCCGUGCAGACACAGUCGUGGCCCUCAUUAGUGUUACUGAUCAAGACUCCGGUGCUAACAAGCAGGUGAGCUUAGAGAUCCCAGCAGGCCUUCCGUUCAAGAUCAAAUCAUUCAGAAAUUACUACACUCUGGUUACCUCAGCCUUCUUGGACCGUGAGACCACCGAUGCCUACAAUGUCACUCUGAGUGCCACAGAUGGAGGACACCCUCCCCUUUCCUCCCAGAAGACCAUACAGGUGGAUGUGGCUGAUGUUAAUGACAACCCACCGCGAUUUGAACAGACUUCAUAUACGGUCUAUGUGGCUGAGAACAAUGCCCCCGGGGCCUCUUUGUGUACUGUGAAAGCUCAAGACGCAGACAUCAAAGAGAACGCACGCAUCACCUACACAGUGCUCAAUGACAACAACCAUGGCAUCCCUGUCACCUCGUAUGUAUCUGUGAAGGCCGAUACAGGAGAGGCUUAUGCCCUGCGAGCCUUUGACUAUGAGUCACUGAGAGAGUUUCACUUCCAGGUCAAAGCCCAAGACGGGGGCAUUCCUCCACUCAGUCGUGUUGCCACUGUCUACAUCUACAUAAUGGAUCAGAAUGACCAUGCACCACUGAUAGUCAAACCUCCCGGCAAUGGCACGCGCUCCUUGGAAACGGUCCAAAAGAACGCAGAGCCUGGUGCCAUGGUGACCAAAGUGGUGGCAUACGAUGCAGACGCUGGUCCAAACGCCUGGCUGGUGUACGUGCUGGAGACGGCCACUGACCUGGACUUGUUCAAGGUGCACGAACACACCGGUGAGAUCAGGACCACUCGGAGGAUCCUGGAGGACAACUCCACCUCUUUUGCUCUAACCGUUGUCGUGAAGGACCACGGGCAGCCGGCGCUUUCCUCCACCGCCACCAUCAACGUGGCUGUCAUGGAGGUGCCACCCAAAGUGGCUCCUGACCCCAAGAGGAUCAUCCGACCUCAUAGCACACUGCUUUUCUCCAACGUGACCCUCUACUUGAUCGUUGCUUUGAGUGCCACCACCUUCGUUUUCCUAGUCACUGUGGUGGUGCUGGCCAUCGUCCGCUGCCAUGCCUACUGCACCCAGCCUGGGUCCUGCUCCCCUUGCUGUGUGUCACAGAAGCCCCCUCCAGAUGGUGGGAGCAGCAGUGUAAGUGCAGGUGGGGGAGGCGGUGGUGGAGGACCCGGGGCACAGCCUAAUAACAACGUGGUGCUGCGGAGAGACCUUAAAGUGGAGCCUCACUACAUCGAAGUGCGUGGGAAUGGCUCCCUCACAAAGACUUACUGCUACAAGACCUGCCUGACAGCCACGUCUGGCAGUGACACUUUCAUGUUCUACAACACGGGACGUCCAAUCAGUGGCACCUGGGGCAGCGGUGCCGACCGCUUCUUCACGAGUGGAAGUGGAUUUGUACGCAGACUGAGUAUGCCAGAUGCCUCGAUGCAACUCUGCCCAGAGCCAAAAGCCCCGAAUGCUGACUGGCGAUAUUCUGCAUCUUUGAGGGCAGGGAUGCAGAGUUCGGUCCACAUGGAGGAGUCCUCUGUAAUGCAUGGAGCCCAGGGGAUGCUGGUCCAGAACUGGCCCACUGUGUCCAGCGCUGCAGAUGGAGAUGGUGGUGAACUCUCACCCCCAGUCGGCGCUGGAGUCGACAGCAACAGCUGGCACUUCAGAUAUGGCGCCUCCGGACAGGCCUACUGCCCUCCUCAGCCCCUGAAGCCCGGAGAGAUUCCUCCUGAAGCCUUCAUCAUCCCAGGAUCCCCAGCCAUCAUUUCUAUUCGCCAUGACGCCGGCCCUGUGGAUGACAAAGGUGACUUCAUAAGCUUUGGCAAGAAGGAGGAGGCCAAGAAGAAGAAAAAGAAGAAGAAGGACAAGAAGGACAAGAAGGAUAAAGGAAAGGAUGAUGGGGGGGAUGAUUAGAGGAGAAGGGCUGACUUGAAAACAGAGCUACCAACAAAGUUACAUUCUAAUUACAGAGCCAGACAAAAAAAGCCAAAUGCAUAUUGUAGAACCAAGGGAACGUCCUCGCACCGAAUUUGCAUAGACAUUGUACAGUGGCCAAACCCUCAUUAGACAAGGUCUGGCUCUCCACCACAUGUGAACUUGCUAAACAAAUUUUCUUCUCUUUCUUGGCUAAUUUGGCCCAUAACUUUGGCCUAUAAAAGGCUAAGGUUUAUGUAAACAAAUGUUCUUAGUAGACAGACUUCAUCUAAAGGUUGGACCAAAUUCAAACAGAAUGGAUUUUAUUGGAUUAGAUUAGCUUUUUCUGUGAUUUGCUGCCCUCCGCAAGUUUGUAUAAUAAAAACAAAAACACCUGAAAAGGUGUACUAUUUGUAUCUGACCAUUGUCAGCUGAGGCUGCUUGUGUUGGCAUCCCUGCCUUUAUGCAGCUCGCUUCCUGCUUUGCUCACCUAGUUGGAGGUGAAGUGAAAGCCAAACUAAAAAAAAAAGGAAAUAAAUCAGAGGCUUGUCUUCAGUAUUACGGAGGCCUUGUAGAAAUUCAAGAAAAAUGUGGUAUUUUGUAAAAAACAAAAAACUGAAAAAGUAACAACAUACAGUAUAUGUACCAUGAGAUUAGCACCUUUAAGUGAAUUAGGUGGCUGAGACAAGCAGGACCACACUCGAAAUAAAUAAGAAAUAAAUAAAUAAAGAGCUCCGUUUCAGUGUAGCAUAGCACAUUGCUGAGGCUGAGGACCUGGACUGGGUUGCACCAACUAUGCGCAAGUUUGUUCCCAGGUUAGGGUAUAAAGUAGUGGCUUCAUAACUGCUAGUUAAUUUGCAAUUAGCAAGUUAAUAAAUGUGAUUGUGCCAUAUGGACGUGGUACACCGGGGGAAAUAUACGACUGUAACUACAUUAACAUUAAGAUUUCAGAUGAGUAGCCGAUCAGUAGUAUUAUUACCUUGCUGAUGGGUACAAACCACAUGGAUUUGGAGUUGACCAGAUUGGCAUACAAAUUAGGAUUGGUAAAAAGAAUUCAUAUUUGACUCUUAAAGGACAAUACUAGUUUUGCAUGUUUCAGUCCAUUCUCUUUAAAUCUUAUAUCCUUGACGUCACUGCUGUUUUUUCAAAGCAGAUAAUUGUGUUUAGGGAAUAUUUAAUGGUAUAUAUCUACUUUCAAGUGGCCAUAGGUAUUCAUUUAUAACCACAAAAAUGAAUAAGCUGAGACUCAAACCUUUUCACAUUAAGAAAUCCAUCAAAGUGAACGCAGCAUCUGAUUUUGUUGUACCAGAUCAGUUGGUAAUGUAGCUCAAGUGCAGAUUCCUUUGAAAACUGCACUGCAUUAUCGCAGUUACGUAACAUUGGCAAAAUUGACCAUGGAUUCCUUACGUCAACCAAGUCUCAGUUGAUUAGAUAAAGUUAAAUAAAAAACAGAUUCUGCCGUAAAAAAAAGGACACAAAAUAGUCAUCAGCAAUAUGUAAAUUGGAGAAAAUGGGCAUAAACAUCCAAAUUCGCUGCUUUAGCAUGGAAUUGCUAAAGAAGGAAAAAAAAAAGUGUGCAAAAAAAAAAGGAAAAAAAGAAAAAAAAUCCUGCUUUACUGUUAGUUGAGUGCAAUUGUGUGAUUUUCGUAUCAUUUGCACCUGCUUUAUUGCUUGCUUAAAUAUUUAGUUGUUACUUGAGGUUACGUUGUAACAGAUUUGUGUGGUGCUACCGCUUGUGUUUUAGCAAUGCGUGAAUUAGUGGCUACUUUGGAUAUAGCUAGGGAACCUACGCGCAGCUGAUGCAACACACCCCUGACCUAGCCUCUUCUCUUAGAAUACGGCACACAGGUCAACGGGGUCUUAAUCCCACCGUGUAUCAGGACACCCAGUCCAACACACACACAUAUUUAUUAUACACAAAUACUGACUCUCUCUGCCGCUUACUCACAUAUACAGAAUUCCUCUCUUACACACACACGAACACACACAAAAUUUAAUAAAAGAAAACACACCCCUUCCUGGAAACAGAAGGCCAAAGCCUCCUCCAUCCUUAUUUUGGGAGUAUAUUAUAUGGCCGGGGCGCAGGAACGUUGCUUGUUGCUUCAUUUCUGUUUAAGCCUGAUCCCUCUACUUCUGUCUUUGAAUGUUAAGUAGUUGUUCUUCAAGCCCUGCACCACUGUCUCGACUGCUUCAGUGCUUGUAGGAUUUGCUUGCCCGCUGCCUGUUUCCUCCCUCUACUCCUGUUUCUUCAAAUCAAUAUAGUGGGACGACAUCUUUCAAGUCACUCUGCUUCAAUGACUUUUGUUAGGUUCAACUGAGCUUAGGAGCUUCAGCCUGAGUGUCUCUUCUGAUUGCUCACUGUUGACAACGCUGUCACCUUUGACAAAUUAGCAAAAUCUGAGAUUUUGCUGGAUAUAGUGAGACAAGAUGGAGAGGCAAAAAAGGAAUCGUUGUAGUGUAUUGUAUGUAGAAAAAGGAAUCUACAGCACAUUUAAUUGGGCAGGCCAUUGCUUUUUUUGUUGCAUGAGCAGAAGUAUUGCAGUUAUUCCUGUGUCAUCCAUUAGUGACAACUGAUCAAUUUGAGUUGAGUGAAACCGCAUUCAAAAUAAGUGCAACGUAGUUCGGCAGCAGCGGAAAGAGGUCGCUUUGGGGUUGACUCGGAAGAGGGGGGGGAAUAAAUUAAGGAUUAAUGGAGGGUAAAGCACAGUGUUGACAUUGUUUAUGGUGCACCAGUAGGAGGUGAUGAUACCAGCAAGCAAGCGAAGAUUAUCAAGUCAAAACCUUCAUAUUAUGCAUUUUUGUCUCAAUUGAUGCACCUAAGCAAACAAAAACAAAUAAUGGGACGUGCUGUACAAGAUAAACUUACAAGUUGCAGUGAACCAAGUGUGAACAGUGUGUUAGUGUUCAGUAGAUAUCGGAACAGCAUUAACAUGAUGAAACGUGUCAUAAAUCUCACCUGAGCGUUCCUUUUCUUACAUUGUCUUACCAGUCUCAGUAGGGGUGUAUAGGUGCAUCUAUCAGAAUCAGUCCCUCCCAUGCACACUUGUCUUUCCCCCCCCAGCCCCUUCCUUCAGGUGUACUUCUGUGCUGUCAGAUCACCAAGUGGCUGUUUGCAUGUUAUAAGCAAAGGAAACAGAUACUAUAUAGAUACUAUAUAUACAUUGAUAUGUUUUUCCACUGGGAAAUGCGUAUUGGAAUACAUAUACCUCUGAUACACAUUCUCAAAGACAAUACACACACAUUGAAAGUCCCACACUUACUACAUUCAAACGCACAUCCAUACAUAUACGCUAUUGCGAACAGUAAUUUGUGGGGGAAACCUAAAAGAGUCACAUUUUUUUAUCCUGUUGAAAAUGAAUUUAAUCUUCUAGAUAUACAGUACAUAAUGCCAUUGUGUUAUGCUAUGAAAUGCUUUUCUUUUGCAUUUUUACCUUUAUGAUUUUCAUAGAUAAGAAAAUAAAUCCUUAAAGUUGUGUUAAGCUUUGAAAUGAUGAUCAAGAACACUAUUGUGAAAUCGAAUCAUUUACUCACCCUCCAUAUAUAUCCUUUGAAAAAAGAGAAGAAAAAAAUUUAAAAAACAGAAAAUGGUAUAAAAAAAAAUAAAGUUGAUGUAUUCUCUGCUUGUGUAUAGUGAAUGUUCCUCAGUCGCUGGGUGUGGCAGUGAGUGGCACACUUUAGUCGACUGUGACAGUGCAGAUCUGUUGAUAACUUUUUUGUACACCUGCUUAUCAUUGUAAAGGUGAUAAUAGUGAUUCUUAUGAUUUCAUCAAUCUGGUAAUGUGUUUUUGUUAAUAAGUCACAAAUAAAGUUUUCUUAAAUAUCUUAA